AUGCUCCCUCGGAGGCAGGAGUACGGCAUGAAGAGGAGCGGAGGAGCGCGGAGCGGUUCGGUUAUAAACUUCAGGUCAGCGAUGAAGUUGAGCUCCGGCCGCCGCAGCUCAGCCGUGCUGCCGUCGCUGUUAACCUUCUUGGUGAUCGUAGCAUCCGGAGGCCUGCUGCUCAUGAUAGAGAAGGGAAUGCUGAACGGCAUGGAGACGCCUUCACCCCGCGGUAACGGCAGGCAGUUAGACCUCCACCGGGGGCAGGCGGGGGGACGCAGCCCAGACGCGGCGGACAUGGAGUCCCAGAUCCUCCAGGAGAUCCGUAACCGGACCAUCAAAACCAUGUGCAGUCAGAAGAACAUGCCCCACAGUGUGUGGUCGCUGAGCCCUCUGCAGAGGAAGACGCUGCUGCAGCAUGUCCUCGUGAACGACGAGUACCGCUUCCUCUACUGCUACGUCCCCAAAGUGGCCUGCUCCAACUGGAAGAGGGUUCUGAAGGUCCUGAGCGGAGCCUUGGAAAACGUGGACGUCAACAUCAAGAUGGACCACCGCAGCGACCUGGUCUUCUUGUCCUCUCUGAAGCCCGAAGAGAUCCGCUACCGCCUCAAGCAUUACUUCAAGUUCAUGUUUGUGCGGGAGCCCAUGGAGCGCCUGCUUUCCGCGUACAGGAACAAGUUUGGCGAGAUCGAGUCCUACCAGAAAAAGUACGGCGUGGAGAUCAUAAAGCGUUACAGAAAGGGCCGCGCUAAGGAUGCAGCUAUAACAGGAGACGACGUGACUUUUGCAGAGUUUGUCCGUUACUUGCUAGACGAGGACGUGGAGCGCAUGAAUGAGCACUGGAUGCCCAUAUAUAACUUAUGCCAACCUUGUGCUGUUUCUUAUGAUUUCAUCGGGUCCUACGAGCACCUGGAAAGUGACACGGAGUUUGUGCUCCAGCGUGUUGGAGCGCCUCCUCAUGUUCACUUUCCAGAGAGGCAAACGUGGUACAAGCCGGUCACCACGGAAACAAUACACUAUUAUUUAUGCAGCUUACCACAGAAGCUACUGAGAGAACUCCUGCCCAAGUACAUUUUAGACUUUUCUCUAUUCACAUACCCUCUCCCCAACACAACCACUGCACACUGUCGGCAUUAAAUGAGCAAUGCUUUAUAGUUGUAUUAUUUUUUAUAGAAAACCAUUUGUACUAUUUUUAAGGAACAAAUUGUAUUUUCAGAGCUGUUACACAGGUUUACUUGAUGUCUGCGUGCCUUUUAAAAGUGCUGAUUAUUGGACGAGAAAGACUUGACUUCAGAACCACUAAAGCUUGAAAUCAAAUUCAAAAGAAAAAGGUCAACCAAACCAUACGUUAUGUCAACUGUUACAGUAGUCAAAGGAGUUUGCAAAGAAAAAAGAAAAGCGUCUGGACUUCUUUAAGUUGCUUGAAGACGUUUCACCUCUCAUCCGAACUGUUACAGUAAUUAUAUCUGCUCAGUACACAACGAUGGAAAUAUUAAUAUGGUUGCAAGACCAAAUUCUGUUUUUAUUUGUUUCUCUAUACACUGUAGACCUUAGAAAAAAAAAAAUGUUCAGUGGUUUUAGUGAGCAUUCAGUGGUUUAGCAGGCUAAAACACGCACCAUGUUCUGGGAUGGUCAAGGGUUUCAUAUCAAGCUUAUUUAAUGCUCAAUCACAGCCUCUGGUUGCCAGCUCCUCUCCCUCUUUGAUGUAACUGAGAUUAUUUACCAUGUAAUAAAACUGAAGUUUACCUUU